CAACACAACCAUACCAUGAGGGAAUGCAUCUCCAUCCACAUCGGGCAAGCCGGAAUCCAGACCGGGAACGCUUGCUGGGAGCUGUACUGUCUCGAGCACGGUAUCCAGCCCGACGGGCAGAUGCCCUCGGAUAAGACCAUCGGCGGCGGCGACGACGCGUUCAAUACUUUCUUCUCGGAAACAGGCGCGGGAAAGCACGUGCCCCGCGCGGUUCUGGUUGACCUAGAGCCGACCGUGUGCGACGAAGUCCGCACGGGAACCUACCGCCAGCUCUACCACCCGGAGCAGAUAAUCUCGGGCAAGGAGGACGCGGCCAACAACUACGCCCGCGGCCACUACACGAUUGGCAAGGAGAUUGUGGACCUGGUGCUCGACCGCAUCCGCAAGCUCGCCGACAACUGUACCGGCCUCCAAGGCUUCCUGGUGUUCCACGCUACCGGAGGGGGAACCGGAUCGGGCUUCGGCUCUCUCCUCCUGGAGCGCCUCUCGGUGGACUACGGCCGCAAGUCCAAGCUGUCCUUCGCCAUCACCCCGGCGCCGCAGGUAGCCACCGCGGUUGUCGAGCCCUACAACUCCGUGCUGUCCACGCACGCCCUGCUGGAGCACACGGACUGCACCUUCUGCCUGGACAACGAGGCGCUGUACGACGUGUGCCGCCGCAACCUUGACAUCGAGCGCCCGACGUACACGAACCUGAACCGGCUCGUGGCCCAGGUUAUCUCGUCCCUGACGGCCUCGCUUCGUUUCGACGGCGCCCUUAACGUGGACGUGACCGAGUUCCAGACCAACCUGGUGCCCUACCCUCGCAUCCACUUCAUGCUCACGUCGUACGCGCCCAUCAUCUCGGCGGAGAAGGCCUACCACGAGCAGCUGUCGGUGGCGGAGAUCACCAACUCGGUGUUCGAGCCCGCCGGCAUGAUGACCAAGUGCGACCCCCGCCACGGCAAGUACAUGGCGUGUUGCCUCAUGUACCGCGGAGACGUGGUGCCCAAGGACGUGAACGCCGCGGUGGCCACCAUCAAGACCAAGCGCACCAUCCAGUUCGUGGACUGGUGCCCCACCGGCUUUAAGUGCGGCAUUAACUACCAGCCCCCCACCGUCGUGCCAGGCGGCGACCUUGCCCGCGUGCAGCGGGCCGUGUGCAUGGUGGCCAACACCACCGCCAUUGCCGAGGCGCUGUCCCGCAUCGACCACAAGUUCGACCUCAUGUACGCAAAGCGUGCGUUCGUGCACUGGUAUGUGGGCGAGGGUAUGGAGGAGGGCGAAUUCUCAGAGGCGCGCGAGGACCUCGCGGCCUUGGAGAAGGACUACGAAGAGGUCGGCGCCGAGACCGCCGAGGGCGAGGGCGAGGAAGAGGAAUUCGGGGAGGAGUACUAGAUUCCUGUCGCACGGACGCGAAUUGAAAGAACGCGGCAAUAAUGCUGUAGAUGGUUUGGUGAUGGUCGUCCCCAUUUAUCAAGAAAAAAACGUCGGUUAACUCGCACGUUUUCGACGCAAGUCAACAGACGACAGUGAUGAUACUUGUACAUGACGUAUUUUCGAAUCUGAUUGUGUGACGCGCCACCCCUUCCCGUCUUUUGGUACCUAUGCAGUGGCGGUGUUUUUGGGGGGGGGCGCAGGGUUCUGGUGUAUAGUCCUUUUCGGGGGGGAGACACAAGAAAUUUCGUUCGUUUGCCGUAGAAAAAAGCGAUUUACAGAUUUUUUCGCCGUCUUGGUGUUGGCAUGGUUAACAGCGUUGCUUUUCCUCGGCUUUUUCACCCUUCUCGUCCCGCAGCAGUAUGCCCUGCUCAGGGCGAACUUCGGUCGACAUAAAUUGUAGGUGAUGGUGUUUCGGUACUUGCGGAUUCACACUUCAACGGCAUCCACACACACGGUGUAAUAAAAUGCAAGCAGGAUAAAAAUUGGUUUGGGCGAAUUAUAUGUUUUUUUUUGGGAGGUGGAUGGACCACGUUUCUCUUCUCCAGCGGUGUACGUUGUAGAUCCCGCAGCAGAGACAGAACACCUUCUGGUCUCCGCUUGCACCCACAUGCCGUCGAGAACAGCUAUUCCUGUUGGUGUCAACCCCAUUCAUGAAGUCACCGCGCGUUGUUUGGAUUCCCUCCACCCAGGCCUUGUUGUUGCGUUUGUCUUCAUUGUAAAGACCUGUCUAUCCGUCUCCGCUCAGAAGGUUCUAAUAUCCGACUUGUCCAACUGGUGCGGACGCCUUUCGUGCUCACAGGCCAACUGCCCGACAAACGGUACGUUCACACUUGCAUACCAGAACCAUGGUUUGGAGAAAUAAAAAGGACCAAGAAAAAAAUGCCCAAAACGCGAUAGACGAAUGUAAAGCGAAGAAUAAAAGGGACGAAGCAAUGCCAUUCCACCACCAAAAUGAGACGCACAGCUACGCCAUGGACCGGAACGAAUUGCUCGAUGGACCCUUCGGACCUAGGUUUGCCUUAGUUUGGUCAAUCUCGCCAUCGCGUGCCGGUCCACCCGAUUCUUUCUCCAACACGAUCAGCCAACGGCACAUGUUUGGGCUGGUCAUGCGCUGCUUUGUCGUGUACACCACCGCCAAGCGUGUCGGGCCUCCCGCAAGAUGACCUUGACUCAUCUUUUCAAGCAAUCCUGUCGGCAGUCUAUCAAGCCGCGCCUCGGCGCCUCUCAAGGGCAGAAAGAAACACAACCGUCCGCCGGGCUUGAGAGAUGAGCUCGCUAGUGCAAGGAGCGACCAUAUGACUUUUCCCACGAGAUCUUUUGCGCUCGCUUCUGCCCUAGCGCCACCCCCCGCCUUCCACUCCGAGCCGGCUUCACUAGAGGCAUUAGCGGUCGAAUCGAUACCGGCUGCGGGCAAGACCGAACCCGCC